AUGGCGGAGGAUGCUAUAGUGAGUCACCAAAUUCGACCAAUUACUAAUGGCGAGGCCAACAGCGUAGAAGGUUUGGUUGAAGAAGGUUUCGUCAACAAGAGAAGAAAGGUCAUUGAAGUUCAUGAAGAAAGUGAUUCUUCUCUUUCUGACGACGGAAGUGUCGAAAACGGAGGCAACGAUAGUUCAGCAAGCGUUGGCAACGAAUCGAAAGAUGACAACUUUCAGAAAGAAGAUAUGUUUGCUUCAGAUGAUGAUCAGCAACUUUCAAAUGUUUAUAAUAGGCAAGAAAGGGCAGACUUUAGACAAGAUCUACAAGAAUCUUCAGAAGGAGACGAAAUCAAACUGGAGGCCUUUGAUUUGGAGGAAGAGUCAAAGACCGGAGUGUUUGACAAAUUUGGAAACUAUACUGAGACGAAAACUAAUGCUGAAGAUGAAAUACAAGAUCAGGACGGAUGGUAUGACGCUUUCAAGGGAGAUGAGCAAGUACAGAAGGCCAAAAAAUCCCAAGAAAAGAUGGCCAAAGACCAAAGUCUUCGAAGAGAGCAGCUUUCGGAUAGUAAACGGGUAUACACGCUUGAAGACGCUUUGAAAAGAUUGCAGCACUUUUUGAACGAAAAUGAGACGGUUUUGGAAGCACUAGGAAGGUUAAAUGUGAUUCGGACGCACUACAGGAAAACAAAACCACGUCUUAAACCUAGCCAAAAAUUGAUGGGCGAAGACAACGAAUUGCAUGACAAGCUUUGUUUCCAGUUUGUCGUGCAUUCCAUCAAUUUUCUCACUGAUCUUUUGGAUAUCGUGGGGAAGAAAGGAAUAAGAGACGUCAACGAACUUACAAGGGUUCAAGUGAGCUCUCUCCUUGAGGAGGAAUCGCUGGGCGACGAACCUACGAAUGACUAUGAAUCCAAACUUUGGAGCUUUAAAUGGCUUCGAGACCUUUCUACUGUGAAUGGGCCCUUCACAAACUAUGAGAUGCAAUCUUGGCGUGAUACGUACUUUCAAGAUAACGUGGUGGUCAAAUAUGUUGAUGACAAUGGCGAUGAGGCCAGAAAUUGGAUCCACAUCAGUUGCGUUCAUUUCAUGUGA